GCCCUGUGUGUCAUUUAGGGGAGUCAGGGAAAAUCAGGAAUGCUUCUUCCGGUCCCAGAGAGUGUAAAAAACGAGCGGAAGUCCAAGUGGUUUUUGUAGUUGUGAACAAGGUCUCAUAUGCCUGUGUUUCCACUGGCUGCCUCACGUCCAUCUUUGGUUUUACAUCAAGACAAGUGAAAAGUCUACAUCUCGACAACUGGACCUCUUCCAUUUCUCCUCAAGGACAAAUAGUUCAUCAUCCCCAUCACAUUCAAGAUUCUCCAAUAAGCUGCUAGCCAGUCGCGUGAUUUGCAAUUUGCUUUCUCAAGGCAGAAAUACCAAUCAUCAUCACCAAACGAACCCACAACUGGUGCUCCCUCAGUGGGGGAGGGAAGGGAAGCAAGGCAAUUUAUCACUGUGCCAUUUCCCACAGAGAUGAAGCUGCAGGCCGUCAUGGAGAACCUGCACAGGCAGCAAAGGGCCAAGCUGUUGAUGGAGCAGCAGCUUCAGCAGCAAGCAGCCAUCCAGCACCCAAGUGGAGUAGCAGGGGAUGACUCUAAAAACAGCCCGGCCCCUGAGACGGAGCAAGCCCAAUUGGUGGCCCUGGCAGCCAUGCGUGCGGCAGCGGCCGGGUUACAGAGGGUGUCAGACAGCCGCAUUUCGGACAGCCGCAUGUCGGAGCGCAGCAGCGGCAGUGAGGAUGAAGGUGAAGACGAUGACAAUGAGGGAGAAGAACAAUACAAAGAUAUUAUGGGGUCGGAUGAGGAAGAGCAAAUCAAACAAAAGUGGGAUGAGGAGGACUUUGAAGGCGAGAUGGAAGAAGACUUUGAUGAUGACCUAGCGGAGGAGGGUCUGCCCACAGGCCACAAUGCAGUUGUGCCUGGGAAAGGCAUCCUCCUGCUGCCCCACCGCCAGCUCCACCCUCACUCCCAGCUCCUGAAGGCUCGGCCCAGUGUGGACCAAGAGCCCCGCAUAGCCAUCUUGCCUCCCCACCCCGCACACAGCCAUCUUGGCCAAGACCACGGGGAAUGGACCUACGAGGAACAGUUCAGACAGCUGUAUGAACUAAAUGGAGACCCAAAGAGGAAAGAGUUUCUGGAUGACCUCUUCAGUUUCAUGCAGAAAAGAGGAACCCCUGUGAAUCGUAUUCCCAUCAUGGCCAAGCAGGUCCUGGAUCUGUACAUGCUCUACAGGCUGGUGACGGAAAAGGGCGGCCUGGUGGAGGUCAUCAACAAGAAACUGUGGAGGGAGAUCACUAAGGGACUCAAUCUGCCUACCUCAAUCACCAGUGCAGCCUUCACUCUCCGCACACAAUACAUGAAGUACCUGUACCCAUAUGAAUGUGACAAGAGGGGUCUGAGCAACCCCAACGAACUCCAGGCCGCCAUCGACAGCAAUCGCCGGGAAGGCAGACGACAGAGCUUCGGUGGCUCCCUCUUCACCUACUCCCCCAACGGAACACCCACCAUGCUGUCUUCGCCAAAGCUCUCCACGUCCACCAUGGGUUUGACCAUAGGCACCAAUGGGGCCUCGCUCACCCCCAUCCAGAAGAUCAAGAAAGAAGAAGAGGGCGGGCAGCCCUUUCAUGGAGUUUGUGUGCCUCGCAUGCCAGUGGGAGCCCUAGGGGGUCAGUCAGUUGCUGCCGUGCAGGCGGCAGCGGCCCAGGCGGCGAUGGCGGCACAGGUUGCGGCUUUGGAACAGCUGAGGGACAAACUGGAGGCCGGAGAGCCACCAGAGAAGAAAAUGGCGCUGCCAGCAGAGGAGCACCAUCGACUGCUGCAGAGAGCGCUACAACACAACUUGCUGGCCAUGACGGGUCAGAUACCCAUGAACAUCCGCAUCAACCAACAAGAUGGCAGGCAGGACUCUGCAAUGAACCUCACUACCAAUGGGACAAACAGCAUAAGCAUGUCAGUAGAGCUUAACGGAGUCAUGUACACUGGUGUCCUUUUUGCUCAGGCAGCAGCUGGGUCAGCCCCAUCGGGCGCGUCCCUCUCCAGCAAGGCUGUCGGCAGCCGUGUCUCUCCUCAUCAUCUGCAGCAGCAGACCACACCUACCUCAACCUCCAGCAACCCAGUUUCUUAACAAAGCCUCAGCCUUUCCCCUUCCUUUUUUUUUUUCCCAAACUUUGCUACGUAAAGCCAAAAAACAAAACAAAAAAACCCAACAACCUCAUUUUGUAUAAUAGUCGAUGCCAAAAAGAGAAUGCAUACACAAAGACACAAACCAACUCGAUCCCUCGAAAUACCCUCUCAGGUUCUGUCAAUUCACCUCUUUUGUUCUUUAUGGCCACAAUAAUUUUGGAGGAAAAUAUACCAGAAGAGAGCCAGUACAUGUUAAACAAAAAUGUAUGUACAACCUGUGAAUUAUUUAUUUCUACAUACAAAUACAGUUUAUGGAAGAGCAAAAGAGAAGGUAAUAACCAGGAAGGGCACUGUUUACACUCACAAACACAGCAACUGACUGACAGUAAUGUUUAAUCCUCUAGGGGAGAGAUUCUUUUUAUUUGACCUUUUACUAGUCGUUUAUCAUUAUUUUUAAACAUUAUAGUGUUUUAUCAUUUAAAUCUUUAUCAAUCCUCUAUCUGCAGGAAAACAUUUAUAUAUUUAGAAUCUAUUGAAAGAAAAGAGUACAAAAUAUUUUCUAUUUUGAAUCAGAAAAGCUUUAAAAGUAUAUGUUGUUUCUUCAGGGUGUAUAGCAAUGCACCGUUGUGACCUACUUGUGUGUAAAACCAGAUGCGUUAUUCCCACGGCAGCCGUUGUAGAGCAGUCUUUAUUAAUAUAUUUGGUUGCUAUGCGGUGACCAGACGAGGUGAUAGCUCGACGUCCCUGCUGAAUUCAUACAUUGUUGUUUUCCUGUCGCAAGGCCAUGAGCCAUUCUCACUGAGUAAGAUCAGCUUUUGCUUUUGCUGUACUUCAACAUGCUCUGGCCUUGAUGGCGUCUACAUGAUGUUCCUGCAAACGUCACAUAAAUAAUACUCAGAUUGCUCUCAGGUGUCCACAUGACUUGUUCGCAAUGCUUUUCUACGUCUCUGCAGAAAGAUCAUUUUCUAUCUUUAAUUUCCUGUUUUUAGCUUGUUUUUCUCGUGAUUGUUUUAAUGUCAAAUGCAUGCCUGUAUUUGUGGAUAAAGCCUGAAGGAACACGGAUUUCCGUUCAGGAAUGCACAGUACCUGUCUGUCCACUUAAUUCUUGUUGUCGAGAAGAUGCUCACGUGGACAAUCAGGUGUCAGGAGGCGCGAGCUGUGUCUCAAGAGGACCUGAUGUAGUUAAACUUAUAUCUGGCGCUUUCUUAUGUUUUCGUGUAUAGAUGUCAGAUACAUAUAUAUAUUGUGUGUUUUGUUGAGCAUGAAUUUUGUGCUUCUCAUCUAAGUGCUUCUUAUCCUUAUCCUGCUGUUUGGAGGACCAGGUCAUACUCAGAUUCUUACAACAAUCAUUCAGCUUUUGUUACCUCUCCAGUGGUUGUGAACCCUGACCACACUAUCCCAAACAACCUCAUUCCUACUGAAGAUAGGAACGAAACCAUGCUUUGCAUAUAGGUUCUUUUUUUGGAGGCCUUAAACAGUAUGAGAUGACCAGUUGUCACCUUUUUACUGUUCCGGGCAAGUACCGAAAUACCAGCUGCUGCUGCUUUGAUCAGAGCCUUGCAUUUCUGCCUCAGGCCACCACCAGCUGCUACACAAACAUGUCUGAGAGAACGCUGCGCUGCUCACACUGUGAAUGUAUACUCUCGCUUCACUAGUUUUACUAUUUUAAGACAAAAUGGAAUUCAUGCAGGAGUAUUAUGGACCUACUGAAGAGGGGGGGGAAAUACUGUAUUGUGAGAAUAGUUAUUCAUCUAUGAGAACAAUAUCAAAAUUUAGAGAAAAUAACUUUUCUAAAAAAGUAAUGUGAGAUAAAGUACGAUAUAGGAAGCACUGUGUUCUAGUGAUUGGCAUGUCUGCCUCACAGUUGUGAGGUUCUGGUUUGAAUCUCAGCUCAGUCCCUGUGUGGAGUUUGCAUGUCCUGUCUGUGCUUGCCUGAGUUUUCACGGGGCACUCCACAUUCCUAAAACUUAAAUAUUUGGUUAAUUGCAGACUCUAAAUUGUCCAGAGUUGUUCAUGUGAGUGUUGUGUUGUGGUUUGUUUACAUUUGCCACCAGUCCUGGGUGCACCAUUCCCUCUCAGUCAAAGCCAGCUGGGAUAGGCUCCAGCCCACCUGUGAUCCUAAGGACAAAGACUAUAGAAAGUGGAAGGAACUCUUGACUGUUUUUCAGACUGUUACGUUUACAUUUGUGCUUGAUUCUUAUAACUUUACCAUUUAGUAAAUU